GUGGUGUCAUGGAGCAGCAGCUGAGGGCGGCCGAUCGCAGUCUGAGGUUCACGCAGGAGGAGCUGCAGCGCCACAUGAUGGAGGGAGGAGACCUCAGGACCAAAGUAAGCCAUCGCGCGCAGCAGUAGGGGGAGACACGCAGCACCAUCUCAGUGAGUGUAUGUGGUGAUGGUGGCUGUGCAGAUGAUGGCGAAGCAGGCAGAGGGAUACGCCAACCAAGAGGCACACCUCGAGGUGACAAAUCAACCGACCACAUAAAAACGCCCAGAGCUAGUGUCGUGUGCCUUAUUGUGUGCUGUCCACUCAGUUCCUUCGCCAGCAGCUGGAGAGUGUGCAGGAGGUGCUGAAGCAGGUGCAGCAGGAGAAGGGUGCCGCAGAAGGAACUGCAAGUGAGAGAGGAAGCAAGACCCCACGCCACCCCUCACUUGGUCAUCUGUCUGUCUGUGCAGUCGCUGCCCGUCGUGACCUGACCACCGCCCUGCAGGACCUGGAAUACUUCAAGAAACACGCUGGACAGAUGUAGGCGUCAUCCAACGGAAUGAAUGCCGUACGAAUGCUUUUUUGCUGUGUGUGCGUGUGUGUGUGUGUGUGCGUGUGUGCGUGUCUGCGUGUGUGCGUGUGUUCGUGUGUAUUUGCAGGGGCGGACCGACUGAUGACAAGUACCGGUCGAUGGAACAGCAGCUGGCGGCGUUGCGUAAUGACAACGAGGGGCUGCAGAAGCAGCUGGCCAUGAUGCGACAGGCACUGCAGGAGAAACAGACGAGAGUCGCGGACCUACAAAACAGGGUGCGUAAGAGGGGGGGGACAGACAAAGUGAACUGUCUCGCGCUUCUCCAUUCAUUCAGCUGCGUAUGCGAGAGACAGCUCCUCGCCACCCAGAACUGAAAGAGGUCAGUCUUGCAUCCCCCUCUCUUUCUUUAAGCAUCACAUUCGAUUGUGCACAAUGUGUUCAUCCAUUCUCAUUCGGUAGUGGUUCAGUCUCGUCAUGUCAAAGUUGACGAGCAUGUGUUCCCUCUCAAGAACAAGACCUUGUCGCCCUUCCCUGCCGUGCCAUUUGGUGUCACAGCCACAACCACUUCCUUACCCACCUCACGGCCUCCUCGCUCGACCUCACCCAGCUGCACCACCCCUCAUUCGACAAGGAGCUCCUCUCUGUUAAAUCUCUUCUCCAGAUUCAACGGAGUUUUGCAGAAUAGGAAUGGAUGGAUUGAUGGAUGGAUGGAUUGAGUGGCUG